AGGGUGUGACUCAGAAAGAUCACAAGCUUUUUACAGUGAGCUAAAGCCAGACUGCUGACUACAAGAAAAUACACUGAGGUUUUCAACCACGAGUGCCACAUUGCCUUUGCAAAAGGCAGCGAUCGCACCGAGAUGCUUGCUGGUGGGACUCGGGCGGAUCCGGAGAGUCCUUUUCCACCACUGACAGGAAGCUUUGCAAUGGAUGAUGGAACAGACUCUCUGAUGAUUGUGCAUCUUCUCGCCAAUUCGGGACACUCAUUGCUUCUGCAGCAAACUGUGGAUCGGCUUUUGGAGUGGAUCUGCCCAGAUAUUCACCUUUUCCUGGUGUCUGAGAGAGUUACUCCAUUGAAAUAUUAUGAGAGAUAUCAUAAGAGAAGCUGUGGCUUUCCUGGAAUAUCUGUUCUCCUUUUUCUCCAUGAGGACUUGGGAGAAGAACGGAUUUUCCAGGUCUAUGAGCAGUUCCAGCGUCCGCCCUGGCGCUACCAGUGUGCCCAGAUUGCUAAUGGGCAAAGCCAUCCCUAUGGCCCAGCUCACCAGGACUUCUACAGCCUGGACAACCAGAUGCCUGUGUGGGGCAUCAGGCGGGUCCACUGUGGCCCUGAAAUCCUGCGUGUCACCAUCUACUGCAGUUUCGAUAACUAUGAGGAUGCAGUGAGACUCUACGAGAUGAUUCUACAGAAAGAAGCAAUUAUGCAGAAAAGUAACUUCUGUGUCUUUGUGCUGUACGCAACCCCAAAUAUUGCUGUGCAGCUCUGCCUGAAGCAGCUCCCCAUUGGGGUGGCUGCUGAGCCGAAGGAGUCGUCAGCCUUGCAGUUCAAGGUGCAAGAAAUCGGGCAGCUGGUGCCUCUCCUGCCUAACCCCUGUAUUCCUAUCAGUAGCACCCGGUGGCAAACACAAGACUAUGAAGGAAAUACAAUUCUGUUUCAGGUUCAAGACAGCUCCAAGCCCCGUGAAACGAAUGUUGGGCUUUCCCAUCAGCGUAACGCAGGCAAUGAAAAAAUUCUGCAGGACUCUGUCCCCGUCCCUCUCCCUCUAAAGCGGAGUAAUUCUGGGUGGAGAAGCCAGGAGGUCAGAGCCACAAAGGGUAGAAUAAAAUCUGACCAAAGCGAAGCCCUUACUCCCGAGCAAGUCGGUGGAAGCCUCCACAGGCACUUCUCGUCUUACAGUGGUCCAGCAGCCCGGUCGUGGUGGGAUGCUGCCUCCCUCCGCAAGCAGGCAAGCGGCAAGCUGCAGGCUUCUUUCCAGGAGAGCCGUGUUCGUUGGCAGGUAGCAGAGACCGACGUGGACACAGGGCUCGUCGUGGCGAAUCCUGCGAGUGGCCGCUGCCCGCUGAACCGCUUCUCCAGGGACCUGCGGAGCAGCCUCCUCCAGCCGCGGGCGCCUGCGGAGGGGGCCGGCAGCACCCUGCCCUCCCAGGACAGGACCCAGCCGCUGUUUGCUGCUGCCAAAAGGAGUAAAGGAGCAGGGCAAAGAGCUUUGGGCUUCCACUUGCAAAAAACACGAGCCAGCCCCGCAAACAGGGCGGAGGAUGAGGAGGAGGAAUUCUUUAUAUGACUGAAAACAAACGUGCCAGAUGGACUUGUCAUUUCCAAAUGACAGCAGAGCGCUCGUGUGUUCACUGUGCCUCCUCGUGCUGUGACUGCUGAUGCUCAGCUUACCUCUGUAGCUGUGACAACAUUUCAGUAGUGGGUUCACCGAGGUAGAUGCUUACUUUCCAUAGAGCAAUGCUAAGCAGGAAAAAUAACACUGUAUUUGCAGAAAAGUUUGUUUUUUUUUUUUUUUUGCAGAAUAGAUUGGAGGAUUACUGUGUAGUGAAUAGGAAUAAGCCAUACGACUCCUAGAGCUGUUCUAAGAUGCUAAAAAAUAGCCAGUGACAUCUUCAGAUGGGGUUAGAAGGUGCAGUUUGCCUAAGCUGCCCAAGCAGCUGGGUGCCCCCAGGCAUGGGGGAUCAUCAUCCCUCGCCAGGAUGUGUUGGAACACGGUAGUGGCAUGGGCACAGUUGUUACGCUGAUUUUCCUCUGUGUUCCUUCUCACUUCCCCUGUUGCUGGUAUUAAAAAGCUAUCAGCGUCGAUUUUAUGCAGCAUGUGAAACAUAAGAAUGUUGUUUUAAAGUAUUUUUGAAGAAAAAAAUUUCUAGAAAGACCUUUUCCCCAAAUUAGUGCAGUACGAGCAGAAGGCAAACACUUGUAGAGAAUAGUUUGAGCUAUGUUUAUGCUCCAGUAAAACCUGCUGUUGCCUGUUCAUAUGACACAACAGAAAAAUACCCAGCAAGGGGCCAGGCUUUGUUAGACCAGUGUGCAGUUAUCAGCAGGCAAUGCUAAUUGGGUUUUAAUUAACAGAAGAUAAGAGAAAUUAAUAGUCUUGGAGACUGCUGAAUGUUGGAGAGUAAAAAGGACAGGGGAAAUGAAACAAUGUUUCAGCACCAGAUGCUGAAAUAACUCUCAUCUUGAUCAAAAGUUUUCUUUUCUCAAGUGGGAUUAAGUAAUCUCAAAGGGGAAGAGAUGAGAAGGGCAUGACAGAGGAGUUAAAUUAUUAAAAGAAAGGCCAAAUCUGAUCAUACUUACCUUCCAAACAGCACAACAAAGAGAUAUUUUCUCCUUAAAAAUAUCUGAAUCCUGCUUCACAUGAAAGAUAGAAUUUGCUUGGAGCAUGCCUUCUCGUUGCUGUUCCUCUAGGUUGUAACUCAAGUUUGAGAGGCGGUGGCUUUUUGCGGCGCAGGGGGAGGCAGAGGGUGAUGGGCAGCAGCAGAGCCUUCCUGCGAGGGGGUUCUGCACAGUUUUAUGGGUAUUCACGUGCACGCGUGCCAGCUGAGCGCAGCCCACGUGGUCCUGCACGAGCUCCGUCACCCGGGGGACCCCAAGCCCCCGCUGCCGGUGGCUGUGCAGCCCCGCGGGGCUGGCGAGCGGUGCCGCUGCUGGACCCCAGCUCGGGCUUUGGGAAGGCCCGGCGCCUCAGGGGAGUUUGCAGGUGCAGCCGAGUUGGUGUGAAGAGCUGCGGGUGGGAAUAGGGCAGUCCUUGCUCUGUGCCUCUGCGGCCUCACAGGCUGUGCUGCCCUGGACGUGAUGCUCACGUACCCUUUGGUUCAGGGACCGAAACAUGCAGAGAGAUGAACUUAUUUCACUGGACACAUACAAUACUCCCUCAUCUUUUCAUAAGCUCCGUAGAACGUUUGGACUUUUUAAUAAAUCAUACUGUGAUAUUUUA